AAUUAAAUAAAAAUUAAAAAUAAAAACACGAACUUUUUAUUAUUCUUUUUCUUAUAUUUUGGAGGUUUUAAAUAAGAGGGGAGGGUCUCGCAGGUUAUAGCUUAAAGCCGCCGCCCCUUGAAAAAAAUCCAGUGAGGCUAUUGUUUCUUGACGAAGGUGAAGAGUAAGAAGAAACUUAGAGACAAGGAAAAUGAAGUAUGUUUUGGUGACAGGAGGAGUGGUGAGUGGACUUGGGAAAGGAGUCACUGCAAGUAGCAUUGGACUUCUCCUUCAAGCCUGUGGCCUUCGUGUUACUUCCAUUAAGAUUGAUCCUUAUCUUAACACUGAUGCUGGGACAAUGUCUCCGUUUGAGCAUGGAGAAGUAUUUGUUUUGGAUGAUGGUGGAGAGGUGGACUUGGAUCUUGGAAACUAUGAGCGAUUUCUAGACAGUACUUUGACCCGUGACAACAAUUUAACAACCGGAAAGAUAUACCAGGCGGUUAUUGAUAAGGAAAGGAAAGGGGACUACCUUGGAAGAACUGUACAGGUGGUUCCGCAUAUAACUGAUGCAAUCCAAGAGUGGAUUGAGCGUGUUGCUAAUGUUCCCGUGGAUGGAAAGGAAGGUCCUCCUGAUGUCUGUGUCAUUGAACUAGGAGGGACUAUAGGUGAUAUUGAAUCUAUGCCCUUCAUUGAGGCUCUUGGUCAAUUCUCCUAUAAAGUUGGGCCUGGCAAUUUCUGCAUUGUUCAUGUUAGCCUUGUUCCUGUUCUCAGUGUUGUUGGUGAACAGAAGACAAAGCCAACUCAGCAUAGCGUGCGAGGACUCAGAAGCCUUGGUUUAACUCCAAAUAUCCUUGCAUGCCGCAGCACAAAGGCGCUUGAAGACAAUGUGAAGACGAAACUAUCUCAAUUUUGCCAUGUGCCGGAAGAGAAUAUUGUAACACUUUAUGACGUUCCAAAUAUCUGGCACGUUCCGCUACUUCUAAGAGAUCAAAAGGCUCAUGAAGCAAUCUUAAAAGAGUUGAACCUCCUUGGCAAAGCUGUAGAGGCUGACGUGACAGAAUGGACUGCAAGAACUAAAGUCUAUGAUACACUACAAGAGCCUGUUAGAAUUGCUAUGGUUGGAAAGUACACUGGCCUUACUGAUUCUUACCUUUCCGUGUUGAAGGCUCUUUUGCAUGCUUCUGUUGCAUGUCACAAGAAGCUUGUUGUAGAUUGGGUGGCAGCCAGUGACCUUGAAGAGAUUACAGCACAUGAAGCGCCAGAUGUCCACAAAGCUGCAUGGGAUCUUUUGAAGGGUGCUGAUGGUAUUCUAGUACCAGGAGGUUUUGGUGAUAGAGGAGUGCAAGGGAAGAUACUAGCUACAAAGUACGCCCGUGAGAAUCAAGUCCCUUUCCUUGGCAUAUGUCUGGGAAUGCAGCUGGCUGUUGUUGAAUUUGCCCGCUCCAUUCUUGGCUUUGAGGAUGCAAACAGCACGGAGUUUGAGCCAGAAACGUCAAGCCCUUGCGUCAUUUUUAUGCCAGAAGGAUCCACAACUCAUAUGGGUGGCACAAUGCGCCUAGGUUCAAGGAGGACACACUUUCAGGUUCUUGAUUGCAAGUCUGCUAAGUUGUACGGUAAUGCAAAGUUUGUUGAUGAGCGACACCGGCACAGAUAUGAGGUAAAUCCAGAUAUGAUACAAGAAAUUGAGAAUGCUGGGCUCUUAUUUGUUGGAAAGGAUGAGACUGGGCGUCGUAUGGAGAUUGUGGAAUUGCAGAAUCAUCCAUACUUUGUGGGUGUUCAGUUUCAUCCAGAGUUUAAGUCCAGACCUGGAAAACCUUCCGCAUUGUUUCUAGGUCUUAUAGCAGCAGCUUCUGGGUGUCUAGAAGCAGCUCUGCAAGCAAGUGGCAAGGUGAGCAAAGUUUCAACAACCAGAGUGGCCAAUGGAACAGCAACAGGGAAAGUUUACCAGAACGGCAGUGUGUAUGGCAAUGGAAACGGGUUACAUCACUGACUCAAGAAAGGAGAAAUUUUACUGCAUUUCAAGCUCUCUUCUUUUUCUUUUCUUUUUGGUUUCCCUUUAAUCAAAGCCACUGCAUGUAUAUAGCACCUGAGUUUUGUUUCCAUGUCUUCGAAGACUUUGUUGUUGGGUUCUUGGGGGAUAGACAUGGAUGUCAAAUGUGCUUCAUGUUCUUGUGUUGCUUUUGUCUUUUUGAUAGCUUAAAUAAUAAACAUCUUUAAUC